AGUACGUACUGGGAGAUGAAGCAGCUUGCACAGGGUAAAGUAGUGGAGAGCUGCAUCAAACCAGUCUCAGGACUGAAAACCACAACAACAACAACAAAGCCUGCUAAUUCAUCUUGUUACGCUGCUACAGUGAUAAUAUCCAAGCUUGUUUUCUUCCUUUUCUACAUCUCUUAGAGUUCAGACAUGGUUCUCAGGUCAAGAGGUUACACUGAUAUGUGCAUUCAGAUUGGAAAUGGAGCUAUGGUUUCAAACAUCAGCACUCAAGAAGGAAUUUCUGUUGAGUAUUUUCGGUUUAGGGAUAGUUUGCUUGCAGAUAUAAUGAAUGCAGAUUUAGUUAUAAGUCAUGCUGGAGCUGGUAGCUGUCUUGAGAUACUUGAAGCUGGUAAGCCACUUGUAGUGGUUAUAAAUCAACAGCUGAUGGGUAAUCAUCAACUUGAACUUGCAAAACAGCUAUAUGCUGAUGAACAUUUAUAUUACAGCACAUGUGAAAAUCUGAAAAGUGUGUUAGAAAAUAUGAACUUAGAAAAGUUAAAACCUUUUCCUCAUGGAAAUGCUGGUAUUUUUGCAACAUACCUUAAUAGUGUAUUUGGUUUUAAUGAGUAUAAUAAUGAAACAUAGAGUUCUGGAGUAUUUCAGCACUGCCUCAGGGAGUUAAUCUCAAUGAAGCAUUGGGAUUCAUGAAGGUGUACCAGGUAAAGGAACAAUAUUGGUGUUAGAAUUGAGACAUACACAGUGUAUAAAAAAUGAUCAAGUUACAUUCCACAAAAUGUUAAAUAUAAUAAUCACCAGUGACAUUUUUUAUAGAAUAUUAUGAAUUUUAUUAAUGUCAAAAUAAUAUAAAAACAUUCAUACUUAAUGUUUUGAAUAAAUGUAAUACACUGAAUAAAUAUAAUAUUAGUAAAAUA